AUGAAUUCUCUGGCCUUUUCAGGGAGUACAUACUCGAUUGUGGUAGAGAAUUGGAUACAGAAGAUUGAAAAGAUUAUGUUUGUAGUGCUUUGUGCUGACAAACAGAGAGUUUUAUAUGCCACUUUUAGACUGACUGGGGAGGCUAAGCAUUGGUGGUUUGCUGUGAAGCUCCUGGAGGAGCAGAGGUUGGCACCAGUGGCCCUGACUUGGGGAAGAUUUAAAGAGAUCAUUUUCGACGGCUAUUUCCCCUCCUCCAUUAGAGAUGCCAAAAUGGAGGAGUUCUUAAACCGGACUCAGGGUCAUUUGACAGUUUCACAAUACGCUGCUAGAUUUGUGGAGCUGUCACAUUUUGCCCCCUUCAUGAUACAAGAUGAAUUCAAGAAGGCUCAGAGAUUUGAGAGAGGGCUAAGGCAGGAAAUUUAUGAGCUGGGGGCAUUGUUGUAG